AUGCCGGCGCACAACCUCCACCCGCGCCACGCUCACCUCCGUCCGGAGCACUCCCACCAGCAAUUGAACGAGCGCGCCGCCAUGCCGGACCCCGACGCCGCACCCGACAUCAAGACGGUCGUCUCCAUCGUCUACUACACCGCGCCCAAGACUUUUGACGGCCCCGCCAUUUAUGUCACCGACAUGCCGACCGAGACCGAGUCCGUUAACGCUGCGGCAAACACCGCCGAAGCCACCAAGGCAAACAGCGACGACGAUGACGCAACCAGCACCAAAGCGACCGCUAAGAGCACUGGCACUACGCUGGCUACGCAGACGGUCAAGGCGUCGGCCUCUAAGACCGCUGAGGAUUCGUCUAGCUCUGCCUCAGUCACUUCCACUGCCGACAUGUCCAGCUCGGCGUCGAUGAAGCUCUCGCAAGCCACCGCUUCCGUCUCGUCCGUCGCUGCUGCCGCUGCCAGCUCCUCCAGCUCUGCGUCCAGCUCUUCCUCCGACAGCGGAAUGUCGGGCGGUGCCAAGGCCGGAAUGGCGUUCGCAAUCAUCUGCUGCAUCGCGCUCGCCGCCUUCCUGUUGUUCUUCUGGAAGAAGAAGCAGCAGGAGCAGAAGAAGCUCGAGGAGCAGGCUGCUGCUUCGAACAACAACGAAAAGUUCAACGAGAAGAGCGUUCCUCCCCAGGCCAGCAAUCCCUUCAGCGAUCCUCCCGUCGCCGCCCCCGUAGCCGCCAUGAAGAAGGAGAGCAGGAACAGCGUGAGCUCUCAAAGACCCGGUACUUCUGCAUCCCGUGCGCCCAGCGUCAGAACCGUCAAGACCUUGGGCAACGCUCCCCGUCUCAGCCUGCGCCCGAUGACCCAGUUCAACCCCAUGGCCGCCAAGGGUGAGGGCGAUAUCCUGGACACGCCUGCCGGCGUGAGCCCUUGGGAGAAGCGCGGUGCUGCCAGCGCCGCCAACGACCCCGCCAACCCCUUCGGAAACCACGCCGAGUCCAUCGACACUGCCACCGCUCGCGACGCCGUCGAACUCGGUACCCCUACGACUCCGAUGACACCGGCCAUGGAAUAUCCCUUCCCGGUCAAGCUCGCGCCUACGUCUGCCCCUACUUCGGCUCCCACCUCGGCUCCUACCUCUGCUCCUACCUCUGCCCCUGCUCCCGGCGGCGUUCCGAAGCACAUCAGCAUUGCCUCUAACAUGACUGGUUCCACCGCGGUCGGUGGUUUUCAAAGCCCCAACCCCUUCGCCGACAAGGAUGUUCCCAUGUCCCCCGGUCCUGCCCCGACCGGUGCCCUCCCGGCGGCUCCCGGCGGCGCCAAUGGAAAGCCCUACCCUGUGCACCGUUGCCACAUGGACUUCAACCCCUCCAUGGCUGACGAGCUUGGUAUCAAGAACGGUCAAUUGGUCAGGAUCAUGCACGAGUACGAUGAUGGAUGGGCUCUCUGCCAGAAGAUGGAUGGUUCUGCGCAAGGUGUCGUGCCGCGCUCCUGCUUGUCCAAGCAGGCGCUCAAGCCUCGGCCCGGUCCGCCUAGCGGCAACCCCCCUCCUCAAGGCCCUCCUCGUUCUCGCGCUGCUUCGAACGCCAGCACUAGCGGCGUCCCCGUCCUCGCUCAGCCUCGUCCUCUGUCUCCUGCCACUGGUCGCAACUCCCCCGGUCCCCAGGGCCCUCCGCCUCAGGGUCCUCCUCCGAAGGGUCCUCUUCCUGCUCCUCAGGGUCGUCCGCGCACUGGAAGCAACGCGUCUUUCGCCGGCCAGCCCCGUCCCAUGUCGCCCGCCGGUGGUCCUCGUGCCAUGUCGCCCAUGAACCCCGCUGGUGCUCGUCAGAGGUCCCAGAGCAACGCUUCUUUCGCCGCACCUCGUCCCCAAUUCGCCCAGGAAGCUCAGCGCCCCCGUGCUAGCUCUACCGGUGCCGCCGGUCGCGGUAACUCCCCCGGCCCGAGCCCUCUCGCCCCGGCUCCUGCCCCGGCUCUGCUCCCUGCCGCGGCCCCUGCCGCUGCCCCUACCGCCGCUGCCCCUACCGCCGCUGCCCCUACCGCCGCUGCCCCAGCUACCGAUGCCCCGGCUACCGAUGCCCCGGCUACCGAUGCUCCUGCCAACGGCGAUGUGCCCCAGCGCAAGCCCGUCCCCGGACAGGCCAUGUGA